CUCUUCUCCAUAGGGCCUGGGACGCCAUUAUCACCACAGAUGCAAGAAAAGGUCUCCCAGUUCUGGAUACACUCGGCGAAUAAACAAACGAGACCGGCCCAAAUAAUUACCGGGAUAUUAUGCAAUGCACCCGCGUGUAAAAAUACUACCGGGGGCUGAGCGAAAGGGAUGGAGGGUGGACCGGAGAGAUUGGCCGACUAUUUCCUAGUUGUAGGGCUCGGACAGAACGUGUCGAGGUUCGAGCCGCUACCUUCCACGGAGGAUGUGGAUCUCCAGACGGCUGCUGCGGACCCCAUCACCGACAUUGCCGUGGUGUUCAAGAAGUAUGAGACCUCUCCGAAAGGCUACCACUGUAUUGAAAAGACCCCCGGGGGUCACACAGCCAACCUAAACUCGGGGGCCCUAUUCGGAGGGGCCAUUCACCUGGCGUACUGUCGUGGACGAGACAAGGCACCCAUCACUGAAAUAAGUGUGUUCUAUACCAGUUCAAAGCAGCCACACCCACCUCCUCUGGGACAUGAGACAGUUGCCUUCUCGGUGGGUGGUCGCCCUGCCGACCUCAACAAGGGGGGAACCCCUACUUACAUCACUAUUAAACGAGGCAUUCUCUACGGGCACAACACGGCAAUCACAGAGCUCUGUCUCAUUAUGCCCGGCAAGGGUGAGGAGGUCCCGGCAGGCUACAAGCAGCUGCAAGUCGACCUCAACAAAGGUCUGGUGACUCCAGCCGUAUUUCUCUGUUACCAAACCAGCCAGGUCCAUCCCCCCUCCAUCUCCUUCACCCCUGAGAUCAUAUCAAGGUUCCCGGAGAGGGACUACGCUGAUUUCCUCCUGCCUGAGAGUGUUCCUCUGUUUUGUCUGCCGUCUGGUGUGUCGGUGGAGCACUGGGAUCGCCGCGCCUCCUUCCCCCUCCCCUCCUUCUCCACCUUUGCCCUCACCAAUGAAAGAGGGAUCUGUAUGUAUGGAGCAGUGGUGGCAUUCUAUGAGCAGAUGUCAGAGACGGAGAUCAGGGAAGACAUGCGGGAGUCACUCAAUGUUUCACCUGAGGCAGUGCUCCACGUGACCAAGUGUAUCUGUCUCCUCUCCCACUGGCCCUUCUUCUCCUCAUUCAGAGCCUUCCUCUCUUCUCUCUACAGACUCUCCGUGUCCAGGAACACCAUCCCCCUCGAGAGGUACAUAGGUAACCUGAUGUUGGAUGCACCGUUCCCAACAAUGGAGAGACCUCGAGUCCAGCUGUUCAUUGGAUGUGAGCAGAUUGUCUUCUCCCUACCGGUACAGACACCUCUCCCCCUCAGUGUCUUCACCCACUGGUCGCUACUGGCAACCCUGGACCCUCCCACCCUCCUCUCCCUCCACUCUCUCCUCAUUCUGGAACAGAAGAUGGUCCUCACGUCUGCCCGCCCUGCCCUCCUCACCUCCAUCGGGGAAGCUCUUCGCUCCGUCCUCUUCCCCUUCUCCUGGCAGUGCACCUACAUCCCCAUGUGUCCCCUCGCCUUCUCCAACUACAUGCAGGCCCCCGUCCCAUUCAUCAUUGGUGUGGACAGUCAGUAUUUCAAUGUGUUCGAGAAGCCGUCUGAUGUCUGUGUCGUGGACCUCGAUACUUCCACCAUCACUCUGAGCAACGAGGCCAGAUCCCUGCUCACCCAGAAACCUCUCCCUUCGAAACCACUGAGGACCCUGAAACAAGACUUGAAGAUGCUGGCAGCAGAAGUUGCAGACCUCAACCCUGGCAUUGGAUUUGCGGUGGAGGUGACACCCAUAGAGUCUGACCUGUCGUACAAGACUGACCUGGAGCAGAUAGACGUGAAAAUACGAGAGGCAUUCCUCAGAUUCCACGCCACCAUCCUAUGUGACUACAGGAUGUGUCUGAGACCUCUGCUCUGUGCUCCGUCAGAGAGAUCUCGAGAUGCAUCUCUUCUCUUCGACCAGCAGCAGUUUCUGGAGCACAUCCCCGUUGCCGAGUGGCCUUUCUUCCGCCAUCUCUUCGACACACAACUCUUCUGCGUCUUCGUCGAACAGAGGAGCUUCGUUCACUCGGAGAGCACAGCCUUGCUUCUUUGACGCGCUGACACUGAGAGCUGAAAGGAGAUGUGUCCACCAGAUUGCUGGAUUUUAAGUCUGAAGUCAGCAGGUAUGUAUGCCACCUUCUC